CCCCGCACCUGCUACCUGCGCCGACGCACCUGGCGCGCUUCCACCAGCUUAGUUGACCGUCAAUCACUGCGCGAGACGCACGCGUCAUGACCGCGCCGCGAGUGCUGUGUUAGUUCAGGACUUGUGACAAUCUACUCUUUUACCAUGGAUACGCAUGUGAUACCAAUCUUCCUCAUUUUUCUCCUUCGAGGUUGGGCGUUAGCGAAAUGCCCAUUCCCGGGUGCGCCAGCGCACUCAAGGGUGUCGUUCUCGGACGAGGCGCUGGCGGAGGGCUCCGUGGCGACGUACGAAUGCGAGCUGGGUUUUGAAUUGCUGGGCCCAGCGCGGCGUAUCUGCGGCGACGAUGGCCGAUGGACGCCUGAUGGUAUACCUUUCUGUGUGCUGAACGUGGCAGCGGGGAAAGCGCCUAUGCAGGCGUCAACAGAGGACGGCGGAGUGCCGCAGCGUGCUCUCGACGGCAGCACAUCGGCUGUCUUCAGCCCGGAAACGUGCACACUCACUAAACCCGAACGCGUGCCCUGGUGGUACGUCAACCUCCUUGAGCCGUACAUGGUGCAGCUCGUCCGUCUCGACUUCGGAAAACCUUGUUGCGGAGCAAACAAGCCAGCAGUAAUAGUAGUGCGCGUGGGCAACAACCGCCCCGAUCUCGGCACUAACCCAAUCUGCAACCGCUUUACCGGGUUCCUCGAGGAGGGGCAACCGUUAUUCUUGCCCUGCAAUCCUCCGAUGCCCGGAGCCUUCGUUAGCGUCCACCUAGAAGCAACCACACCGAGCCAGUUAUCUAUUUGCGAAGCCUUCGUGUAUACCGACCAAGCGCUGCCGAUAGAAAGAUGUCCGCAAUUCAGAGACCAACCUCCGGGUAGUACGGCUACGUACAAUGGAAAAUGUUACGUGUUCUACGAUCGUCAACCAACGUCGUUCAGAGAAGCCCUGGCGUUUUGCAGAGCAAGGGGUGGUACUCUCGUGUCGGAAAGCAACCCUGCUCUCCAAGGGUUCAUAAGCUGGGAGCUGUGGCGGCGACAUAGGAGCGACAGUAGCAGUCAGUACUGGAUGGGCGCAGUGCGGGAUCCCCAGGAUCCCUUAAACUGGAAGUGGGUGGAGGGCGGUGAUGUAAUCGUGUCCUUCUGGAACGCCCCAGGCGGCUCCGAGGAGUGCGUCCGCUUCGACGGAAGCAAAGGCUGGCUUUGGGCCGUUACCGACUGUAAAACUAGGCUCAAUUACAUCUGCCAACAUAAACCCAAAGCGUGCGGGCGACCUGAGCAGCCUCCAAACUCUACAAUGGUGGCUGAGAGUUUCGAGGUGGGAGCCUCUGUGGAGUACUCGUGUGACGAAGGUCAUUUACUGGUCGGGCCCACAGUGAGGACCUGUCUCGACACGGGUUUCUACGAUGAAUUCCCGCCCGUUUGUAAACGCAUAGUAUGUGGUUACCCAGCAGACGUCCUCCACGGACGCUACAAGCUGAUCAACGGAUCGGUAUCAUACCUAUCGCACGUACAGUACUCCUGUGACGACGGAUACGAAAUGGUAGGCCGAGCUAGACUCGUCUGCGACAUCGAUGAGCGGUGGAAUGGCCCUCCGCCGAGAUGUGAUGUGGUGCAGUGCGAACCGCCGGCGCAGAUCCCGAACGGACGUGUGGCGCUUUCGCUCAACGCAUCGGUAUUCGGUGCCGAGGCGGAGUACGCGUGCGCACGCGGCUACAUCUUGCACGGUGCGCCUCGCAUCGCCUGCCUGGCCAACGGUCUUUGGGACAAUCCAGCUCCGCAUUGCUCGCCAGAAGAAAGGUCAACAACGUCAACUACGGCAACACCUCCGCUUACCACAUUCCCUCCAACCACCCUGCCCCCCACCACAUCUCGCUUCAUACCCACUCGUCUACGCUCAUCUCCGCGCCCGAUCUCCUCACCCACACCUUUCGUGGCCCCAGAUCGUCCUCGCCCGCGACCAAAGACUACUACCGAGCGGCCAACGACUAGAAGUUACGAACGUCCGACAACGAAGACGUACGAGAGGCCCGAACGGAAAUCAACCGUUAGUGACGCGCAAGAGUCGCCUACGAGCCAUGUACCACAUAUCAUAGUAGCCAACCAUCCCAGAGAGACCCAGAUAAUCGGCAGUGGCAACAAUAUCCGUGCGGAGCAGACGCCGCGGGUCAACGUGCCACAGCCCGUGGACGGCAGCCGCGGGUCGGGAAGCUCAGCAGGAACUACGGGGGCGCGUCUCAAUAUCGGGGCUGUCGUUGCGCUGGGCGCCUUCGGGGCGCUCGUGUUCCUCGUCGCCAUCAUCACCACCAUCGUCAUUCUGGUCAGGAGCAGGAAACACAACGACGGCAAGCGGUACCGUCACCACGUGUCAGCUGACUGCAACACGGUGGCAUCAAUCGACUCGUCGUCGUCGGAGUCACGCAGCGGGCUCAACCGGUACUACCGCCAAGCGUGGGAGGAGCUCCACGAGGCCAGUCAGCACGGCCACCGCCGCCACGACAGGGAGGCUCCCAAGGAUGGCUCGGAGCUAGUAGUCUCCGACGUGUACCCGUCCGCGCACCCUGGCCGGGACAAGCGGCGACACCAUCACCACCACCAUCACCGCGAGCCGAGAUAUCCCCCCGUAGUACACGCGCCGAGGGCUCACCACAACCACAAACCUAGAUAUUGAAGGACAAAAUUUAUCCCUUUAAGUAUAACAGCGUUCAAAAAACCAAUUAAAUAUGUUUAAAUAAUAUUUUCAACUUGGUACGUAAAAUCAAGUGUUCCUUCUACGAAUAUUACUUGUUAAUUUUUAACAGUUUAUGUAAUAACAAAAAACACUGCACUUCUGAUUUGUACGGCACCUUCCAUCAAAUUUGGGACAACUAUGGGCUAGCAUGAUAGGAAGCGACUAGCGCGACAGCGACAUAAAGCGCGAGAUGCUGCUUUUCUCGCAUAGAGAUCUCGCGCUUUAUGUCGAGUCGCUCCUUAUCGUGCUAGCCCUACUGCAGUGCUAAGACAACAAGGCGCGACUUACGCGAGAAGCGACAUACAAAUGCGAGAACAAUAUCCCACGCUUUUGUGUCGCUUAUCGUGCAAAGCAUGCGCUGUCGUGCUGGCGCUGCUGUCAACACUGUAUUGAUUUAUAGUUCCUUCGAAAAAGUUCUUUUAAUUGAAAAUAUUAAGUUUACUUACGUGCCUUUCGGUUAUUAAAAUCUUUAGACUUUCUUCCAAUCCUUACCUCCUUUGUUAGCAAGCACGAAGGCAUUUCUUGCAUAAUAUUGAUAUGUAUCUUCGUCUAGACUUUUCCGUCCUUAGAUCUAGAAGAGAGGGGAAUUAGAUUUAGAAAAACCGACCAAGUGCAAGUUCAACUUGCGCAAUUGGUGUUCCGAACUAACUGCAAAAACAACGUAUUUUUUUGUUGUUGUCGAAUUUGAUACAUACAGUUUCGUCCACAUUCGCCUGUAAGCGACGCACAGGCACGGGGGUUAUAUUAGAUGGUAAUUUUAUUGUUCCGAUUGUUUGGUUCGGAAUACUGUAAAAAUGUAUAUUUGCUCAACGCCCACGGGGCUGGAGUCAAACAGGCACUGUACCAAAUAACUGUGUAGGCUUCGUUUGUUAUUUGUUAAUUAUAUCUUUGUAAACAAUUAUUUACCUAGUUAUGUGUUUAUAUUUAAUCUUUCGAUAAAUUAUAGCCAUUUUAAUUUUAAGAACAAACUUUGGCGAUGUAACGAUUCCAAUGGCUUAGGUAUUAGGUAGUUGUGAUUUUUAGUUUCAAGUUUGAUUUAAAUUAUUAAUUGAACAUCCCUCCUGUAGUACC